UAUCUGGCUGACCCGACUGUACUUGAAAUGAUGGUCUGUUAAUAUCUAAUAUAUUCUUAAAAGUCUGAAAGCUGCCAAUAAUUAGAGGCAGCCUGUGAACUGCACGUUCAAAUUAAUUUCAAUCUCUUUGAUUCCUUGAAGGUUGUUUAGGGAUAAAAAUGGGUAUUGAUGCAAAGGAAUUUCAAGCUUUCAUGUGGGGAGUUGCUAAAUUUUCCAUAAAUACUUGUACUGCAUUGGCACAAAAAUAUCCCUUUGCUUCAGGUGUUUUGUUAUCCUUGCUGAUUUUAUACUUGUUUCUUCCUUCAGUAUUCUUUUUCUUGAUUUAUGCUCUACCAUUUCUUGGCUGCACUGCUGUUUUUAUCCAUUAUUAUUUGAAUACACAACGUCCCAAAAUCCAACACGGGGAUGAGAGGAAGGAACAUGGGAUCUCUUCUAUUGAAUCUCGGAGACUGUUGCAGAGAAAUGUCAACAAGAACAAUGAUGAAUCGGAUGCACAUGCUGUUAAAGAGGAAAAGGGUAUGGUUUCCCCCAUGAUUUCAAAUGAUGAAUUGAUUGGCAGAACUGCCUUGGCCGAAGAAAAACCAAAAAUAAUCAUGGAGGAGAAAGAAAGCCGUGCUUUGAAUAGCGGAGAAAGUUCCUCUCACAAUGUGUCCAUCGGUGAGAAUAUUUCAGAACUCGGCCAGGUGCCAAAUCCUGAUGCUGUCUCAUGUGAUGGCUUUAAUGAGCAGCCUACAAAACUUCAAGUUGGUGGUGAAGUGGAGUUGAAGAGCUCAAGCUCCGAAGCAGAUGAUGACGAUGAAGAAGAAGAAUCAGAAAAGGGUGGGGAAAACGCUGUACAAUGGACCGAGUAUGAUCAAAAGAAUGUCAUGGAUCUUGGGAAUUCUGAGAUAGAAAGAAAUAGGAGGCUGGAGAUGCUAAUUGCAAGACGUAAAGCAAGAAAGUCGUUCAAAAUGAAUAGUAUUGCCGGUUCAGGUCCAAGGCAUCCUGUUAUGGUUGCCAGAAGCAACACUUUCCACGUUUCUAAGAGUUCAGAUGACCAAAUACCCGGUUCAGCCCCUUCCAUUCUGUUACCAACCAAAAAUCCAUUUGACCUUCCAUACGACCCAUAUGAAGAAAAGCCUAAUCUAAUGGCUGACAGUUUCCACGAAGAAUUUAUGGCAGAUCACCAGAAAGAAUUUCCCUUCUGCAGGCAUGAGAGCUUCUCUUUGGGAAAUUCUUUCCAGGAUAACAGGCAAGGUCAACACGAGGGCCGAGGAUAUUCUAGACAUAAAAUGCAAUCAGGCAAUAAGGGAAAUCAUGAUCGGCUGGUUGAUCAUUUAUUAUUCCAAGAUGGUGAAACCUUGCGCCGUAACUUAAGUGUUACUGAUCUUGUGACAGAAGAAACCCAAUCUUCCAACCAGGUAGCUAACAAACAGGAACGGGAUGGAGAAGUUGGAACCACCAGGAUCAAACUCAUAGGUGAGAAGAUGGAGCAAUCUCAUUACAAGGAUCCAAGUUUAGGUAAUGGAAGUGAUAUUCAAAUGAACAAAGAUGCGAAUGCGAUCAAGCACAAGAAAAUUUUGUCAAACCCAUCUUCUUCUGCAGAAGACAUUCUUAAUGCUAAGACAGCUGAAAAUUCAGAAAGUAUACAACCGACAACGUUCAAAUUUCCCGAGGUGUUUUAUGAUCGGGCACCGAACUCUCUCCCUUGUCCAGUUCCUAAGGCUAGAGGUGUAGCUGAACCUUCGUAUGAUUCCAGCCCUUCUGCAAUUGACAACACGAGAAUGGAGGAACAUUUCUUUUACAAGCUCAAGCCUGGGCAUACCCCUAACCACUCCAUAGCUUCUGACAUGCAAGUGGAGGUCUCAGAAAUUGGUUCACCCCCUCUGACUGAAGAUGGAACUGCUUCAUCCAAUGAUGACGAGUCCUUGAUUUAUGAUGGGGAUAGCGAGAACGAAUUCACUUCUGGGAGUGAAGAACUGUGGGGUGCUUCACCACUUGCACCAAAAGUUCAAGAACAUGGAAAGGCACCUGGACAAAUAUACGAGGAAGGGGAAGAGGGUAUGACAGAAGUAGAGUUCUCAAGGGUCUGGGACGAACCCGAGAAUCCAAUUUCAUCAUCAAUGUGGCCGUUAUCAUCUUCAAGAGCUGAAAUAUCUCAAGAGGAUCAAGCCCAUUCAAUGAAAAUUGAUCCUAAACUAUCUAAUCAUGUCAAGGACGAAGUUGAUGAAGUAAGGGAGCAGAGGCCUUCUAAUGCUUCUGAUGUGGACGAAGUUGAAGAAGUAAGGGAGGAGAGGCCUUCUAAUUCUUCUGUAGUUCCACCUGAACAUUCCCUGGAAGGAACGCGGUUGAUGGAGGGUUCAAUGGCUCACUCGCCUUCUGAAGUGUACUUUCCGGAACCGCAGGAAUCACCGAGUGGUUCUGGGAAUUCUGCAGAAGAGAAGAAAACGAAUUGCGAUGCAAAUGAAACAGUCACAUAUGAUGAUAGGGAAUAUUUGAAGUCAAAUGAAAACAGACAUGUUGGAGCUGAAAACUCCAUUAUGCAAGAAGUUUUAGGCAAUCUAUCAGAACAAGCUGAGGGAAGUAAUUCAACAUCUAAUAGCAUUAUCAAGAUCGAAUCAUUGUUUAACUCUGAGAAGUAUGUAGAGGGCAUAGGUGACGAAACUUACAAUGUAAAUGAUUCAACGUUCCCCAUAAGUGAUCUCUUAGAAGACUCGAAAUCAAAUGAAGAAAGAGAUAGUGGAGCUGAAAGAGUCAUGCAAGCAGUCAUAGGUGAUUUGUCACAACCAGCUGUGGAAAGUAAUUCAGAAUCUAGUAAUCAUAUAGAGAGUAAAUCAUUGAAUUCUCCUGAGAAGUCUAGAGAGGAGGCAAACAUCAACAAUGUGAAUGACCCACCAGUUCAAAUUAAGGAUCGUGUUGAAGACUUCAAAGAUGUCGAACGAGAUUCUGAAAGGCUGACAGAAGAUUCAGACAUUCAGAGCAUUUUAAUGCCAGUCGAAGCUGAAGACAACCCGACAUCAACUCAAGGCAGUAAAGAAGAUCAAAGUACAAUAGAAGUUGGAGUUUCUGUGGUAAACCAACCUUUUAUUGAUCCAACUACAUCAGCCACCCUGCCAGAAUUUGUGGCUGAACAAGUUUCUAACAAUUCAAGUUUAUCCUCGUCUCCAAAGUCUGUUUUAGCAUACAGGAUCCCAGCAGAUAUAGGUUCUUCAUCAGAUUUCAGUCAACUGGUGGCCACUGAUAUGGAGGAAAAUUUACUUAUGACCGCAACUCAGGAUACCAGUCUUGCGGUAAAUGAUUCAAUAGAUCACCCAUCUAUUGAUAGAAAAUCUGAAAAAUCUGAGGAACCAUAUGACACUCAAGGGAAGUGUACUGAAGAAGCCAUUGACAUGGAGAACAUGGAUGGAUUAGUGCUUGAUGAUGAGCAAAUCAAGGAGAAUUUAAAAUGUAGGAAAAACAUAGAAUACGAAUCAGAAACAUUGAUCAGUAACGAGGCUUCUGUAGAACUGUCAAAACCACUUGAAGAACCCCAAACUGCUGAUCAUCUUGAAGGUGCAUCUGCAAUACUUGUGGACAAUGAAGCAAGCAUUAACGUAUCAAAACCAGAUGAGGAGCAUGUCAGUUCAAAAGUUCCUGGAGUUAUAGUAGAAAAGGAGGAGUCAAUAAAUCCUCCAAGAGAUGUUGCAGGAGAAGUUAAUCACAUCAGCGAUGUUAGUGAUCCAUCAAUAAAUAAGAACGACGAGUUGGAGAAGUCAAAGUCUUUUGAAGGCAGUGAAGGUGAACCUGAUCAAUUUUCAACUGGACAUGAGAUAUUUGUGGAACCACUAAAACCAGCCAAUAUUACUUCCCUAGAUGGCCAUGAGUACAGUCCUGGAGUAUUAACUGAAAAUGAAACAAUUGUCGCAUCAUCUCAAGCAAUCGAGGAAGUUGAUAAUUCAAGAACCAGCAAGGAAACUGAUGAGUUUGGAACACAAAUAGCAGACGAGGAAAUUGAAGACUUGUUAAAGCCAGGAGAGGCUGUUGUCUCCUCAGAAACCACUAAGGAUGUCCAAGGUGACCCUAAAGAUUUAAUUGAUCAAAAGGCUGUCCUUAACCCAUCAACACCAGCUGUUGAUGACGACAACAUCUUAGUGACUCCUGAAGCAAAGGACUCUGCAGCUGACACUAUUCAUAAUGUGAAUGAAUCAGAGAUGAGUGAAUUUAUCAGCAACGAGAAGUUCAAGCAUGUACAAGACAGUGAAGACGAAUCUCAAAGAUUAGAUAGACAAGAGGAUAUCAUGGAACCGCUUAAAGCAUUGGAGGUUACAAACUCAGAAUCCAUCAGAAAUAUUGAAGGUGAAUCAAAAAAAUUCGCUGACGAUGAAGUUAAUGUCACCAUCCCAUCGCAGCCAGAAGGGGAAAUUAAUAGUUCAGAUGACAGAGAAAAAACGGAGGAUCCUGGAAAGUCAACUGUUCAGGAGAAUGGUAUGGACAUAUCCGAGGCAAGCAGGGGUAACGAUAUUGCAAGGGCCGUUGAAGAUAACAAAGAUAAAUCUGAAGACAAAACUGAGAUCAAUGGAUAGAAUCACCGAUCAUAGAAGCACUGAAACACAAGAGCAAGUGACCGCUAUACGAAGCAGCUUGAGGUAGUAUAUAUAUAAUGGAAAAUAUUAAACCCGUCUCUCCAGAAGCAGGUUACGUUUUUUAUUUUAUUUUAUUUUUCCCUGUAAAAAUUUACGCCGAAGGAGUUAAAAUGCCAUUAGUUGUCGAGCUAAUCUGACAACAACUGACAGGGUUAAAACGUUAGUGUAUCUCAUUCUCCUCAAUAUUGCCGAUUUUCCAGUGUUGCUCUUUGUAAAGUAAAUAGAAAGUUUUUCUGUGAAUCA